AUGGAAGAUUUAAAACUUAUUCCUGGUCUUCCUGAAGAAGGAAGGCAUCUAUUGAGACUGCUGAAAGACAUUAUUUUAGAUCCUGCUGCAAUAAUAAGGGAAAUACCUAGAGCUAUCUACGCUUUCCGCGAUUCUAUUACGGAAGAGAAUCGUCCGGCUUGUCUUGGCCUUUUAGAAACGUUACUAGGAUGCUUUGAAUUGCCGUUCUCAGAUGAACCUAUUGUUAAAGCACUCGAAAAGUUAAUAGAGCCGAUGAGUUGGAGUGAUUUGAAGCAUUUUGGCAUUGAAGCAUAUUUGGCAACAGGUUUCCAAAACCCUUCCCCGGAAGUACAACUAUUUUGUUUCAAGUUGAUUCGAAGAGCGAAUUGGAAAGAAAAUGAUAUUUCGGAGAAUACUUUUGAAUUGAUCCUCACGUGCUUGAAUUCUGAGAGUAUUGAAGUUUCUGAAGAAGCGUUUCAGCUUCUUUUGGACAUGUCUGAUUACCCUGCUUACUUUGAACAAAUAUUACAAGAGUUUACAGAUAUGGACUAUGAGAUUUUGGAUACCACUUUAAAAGUUCGCUGGUUAAUGCUUUUCGCGAAACUUGCAAUCAAAUCCCCAGAGUAUAUGAAUAAAGUAGUAAAGAAAGGACUAUUUGCAUUUGAUUUUGAAAAAACUAACGAUGUUUUUUUACGACUUUGUUAUGUUGAUGUUUUAAAUAUAAUGUUGGAAACUCCGUUUACGUUUACGUACGUUUCAACGAGUGAGUCUGGAUUAUUAGACCAAGUUGUUAGAUGUUUUAAAAAAGAAAUAAGUUCUUUUACAGAUCACAUUGGUCUCACCUUUCUCCCGGUACUCUGCCGAAAGUACCCUGAUGCAUAUCAAGCAAUUAAUGAAAAUUAUGACCUAGUCAAUGUCGUUCGUAAAAGAAUUGACAUAAAGGAUACAACUUCCGUUCUUUUAUAUGGCCAUUUCUUAACUAGUGAGACAAUUACCUCUCUCUUAGUCCAGAAUUACGAAGCGGAAUCAUCUGAAGGAUACAUUCCUCGUUCACUGCUGUCUAGGUUUCUGAUAGAUGAUACCGGCCUUACCUCUUUGGCUUUGGCCUUAGACCAACCAAAUACAGAUUUAUGGACCAAGCUUUGGAAGACCCUUCCCGGCGAUAGUUUAUCAAGUAUCAUAAAGACUUCGUCUUCUCCUCUUCGUCGGACCCGCCAAUUAGGUUUUCAAUGUCUACUGCAUAUCGCACAAAGAUCGCCCAUUCACUUGGCUUCCCAGGCUUUUGCCAUCAAAUAUUUAUUGGCAACCGAUGGAGACCAUGAAACUUGUGUUCUUCGCUACAAGGUUUUGCAAGCUUUGUGGGAAUCUUCGAAUGAAGGAAAGGACUUGCCAUUAGGAAGGUAUCAGGAUGAAAUCCAAAAGCGUCUUCAACGAGGCGCGUUUGCUGGUCCUUCAGUUACUUUAAAAGUUGCUACGAAAACAGCCUAA